ACCCUAGAGUUUUAAGGUGCUUCCUCUUCACCGUCCGUGAUAAGGUUGGCAUCACCAACAAUUGCAGCAAAAAUGGUUUCGCUGAAACUGCAGAAGCGCCUCGCUGCAAGUGUUCUCAAGUGCGGCAGAGGGAAGGUUUGGCUUGACCCCAAUGAAGUCAACGAAAUCUCCAUGGCCAAUUCUCGCCAAAACAUAAGGAAGCUGGUUAAGGAUGGAUUUAUUAUCAGGAAGCCCACCAAGAUUCACUCUCGCUCACGUGCCCGUCGAAUGAAGGAAGCUAAGAGAAAAGGACGUCACUCUGGAUAUGGUAAGCGUAAGGGUACGAGGGAGGCUAGGCUUCCCACUAAAAUCCUUUGGAUGAGGAGAAUGCGUGUGCUCAGACGCUUGCUUCGCAAGUACAGGGAGUCGAAGAAGAUUGACAAGCAUAUGUACCAUGACAUGUACAUGAAGGUUAAGGGUAAUGUUUUCAAGAACAAGAGGGUUUUGAUGGAAAGCAUACACAAGUCGAAAGCAGAGAAGGCAAGAGAGAAGACUUUGUCUGAUCAGUUUGAGGCGAAACGCGCCAAGAACAAGGCCAGCAGAGAAAGGAAAAUUGCCCGGAGGGAGGAGCGAUUGGCCCAAGGUCCAGGCGAAAAGUCUGCAGCUACAGCGCCGCAGCCUGCCCAAGCACAAAAGAAAUCCAAGAAGUGAGCCACAUAUUCUGAUAUUGGCUCGUAGAAUUUUGGUGCUGCCAUUCUCAUUUAUUGUUCUAAAUUACUUUUACUUAGUAUUGUUGAAUUUUUGUGUUGCUUAUGAAAUUAUUAACAUUAUGGUCUAGCACGCAUGUGUUUUGGCUUUAAA